CUUAACCCGGGACAAACCUACCUCACCUGCACGGAGGAACCUCUCUCUCCCUUUCUCUCUCUCUCCCGCUCUCUCCCUCCUGCUCUCUCUCUCUCUCCCGCUCUCUCCCUCUUUCCCCCAGUUCCCUCUCAUUUUGGGGGGAUAGUGCGCAUCUGGCUGUUCUUUGGAUGGAGCGCGUACGGAACAGUGCUUCCUCCGUGGGGAUGUUUAUUCUCGGGCUGCUGUCGGUUCUGUGGCCGGCGCUAAGUGGAGUUUUGAGUUUUAAUCUGUAUGCAGAGCACCCGACGGUUUACAAAGGUCCUGAUGGAAGUUAUUUCGGCUAUUCGGUGGACUUCUACCAAGCUUCCCCCGACAGCAACACGAUCAGUGUGUUGGUUGGGGCUCCCAAGGCGAACACCUCUCAGCCCGGCAUUGUGGAGGCUGGGGCUGUCUACUACUGCCCCUGGCCCGGGCUGCCGGACAGCUGCAGGCAGAUACCUUUUGAUAGUUCAAAUAACAGAAUGAUAAAGGUAAACGGCAGCAGAGAGCCUCUGGAGUUUAAGUCGCACCAGUGGUUUGGAGCGUCUGUCAGGACGCACAAAGGCAAAGUGGUGGCGUGUGCGCCCCUCUACCACUGGCGGACAGUGAAACUCCAUGGGGAGAAGGACCCCGUGGGGACCUGCUAUGUUGCCGUACAGAACUUCAGCGCCUAUGCAGAGUACUCGCCCUGCAGGACCAAUGAUCCAGACCCAGAGGGACAAGGGUUCUGCCAGGCUGGUUUCAGUGUGGAUUUCACCAAGGAAGGAAUGCUGGUAGUAGGAGGACCUGGAAGCUUCUACUGGCAAGGUCAGGUAAUGACAGCGGGAAUAGCUGAGAUACUGAACGGCUACUCUUUGAAGGCAGUCCUGAGACGGGUUCCAGGAGAGAAACACACGCGAGCUGCUGAAGACACACACGACGACAGCUACCUGGGUUACUCUGUGGCAGUGGGGGAGUUUACAGGAGACUCUGAACAAGAGCUCAUAGCCGGAGUCCCGAGAGGAGCACAGAACUUUGGAUAUGUGGCAAUGAUCAAAUCCACUAAUCUGACCUUCAUCCACAACUUCACGGGGGAGCAGAUGGCCUCCUAUUUCGGCUACUCGGUGGCGGUCACUGAUCUGAAUGGAGAUGGGACCGACGAUGUGCUGGUUGGAGCACCCCUCUACAUGGAGAGAGAGAUGGAGAGCAAACCCAGAGAGGUGGGGAGAGUGUACCUGUACCUGCAGAUGGCCCCGCUCACCUUCUCCAAACCUGUCGCACUAACUGGAACACACACCUUUGGGCGCUUCGGCACGGCUAUAGCACCCCUGGGAGACAUCAACCAGGAUGGAUACAAUGGAAAUCCUAUCAGAUGCUGCUGCUCGAGAAGCUUUAAGCUCUUCAGCCAAUCAGGAAGUGCGGCGAUGAAAGACGUGGCGGUGGGCUGUCCUUUCGGAGGCGAGGAGCGUGGUGGCAGAGUAUUGAUAUUUAAUGGUAACAGAGCCGUAUCCACGCAAGGCCUGAGGCUGAGCCAAGAGCUGAGAGCAGCCGGGACCCCCAGUGGCAGCUUGCCUGGAUAUGGAUUUACUCUAAGAGGGGGCCAAGACCUGGACAACAAUCAGUAUCCUGAUCUAAUCGUGGGGGCGUUCGGGGCAGGCGAGGUGUCGCUGUACAGGUCUCGAGCUGUCGUGUCCGUGGAAGCUGCAAUGAUCUUGACUCCCAGAAUCCUGAACCCCGAUGACCGACAGUGUCACCUCCCUCAAACAGAUAUCAUGGUUACCUGUCUAAAGGUGGACGUGUGUGCAGCAGUGAGUGGAGUGGGGAUCCCCAGCGCUGUAGACCUGAGAGCAGAGCUGCAGCUGGAUUGGUUGAAAGGCACCAGAGGCGGAGUCAAGAGAAUAUUGUUCCUGGACACAGAGCAGCCUCAUCGCACUGGGCUCCUCAAAUUGGGACACAACAGCCCACAUGCAUGUCUGAGCUACACCAUUUACCUGAGAGAGGAGGAGGAUUUCAGGGACAAAUUGACCCCAAUCUCACUGUCGCUGAACUACAGCUUGGCUCCACCCAAUCAUGGCCAAAACCUCCCACCUGUCCUCAACCAUUACAGCAGCACAUUCCUUCAAGAGCAUGCCUACAUUCUCCUGGACUGCGGUGACGACAAUAUUUGUAUCCCCGACCUCCAGCUCUCUGCCAGCAUGGACCGCUCAGAGCUGGUUAUUGGAGACGACAAUCUAAUAAUGUUGACCAUUACUGCGGUGAACCGAGGAGAGGGAGCCUAUGAGACGGAACUCCACACGCUGAUACCACCAGAGGCCGACUACAUAGGAGUAGAACGCAGGGUGGAGUCCUUAUCUCAGCUGAACUGCGAGUACAAGAUGGUCAAUGAGUCCAGAAGGGUUGUGUGUGACCUCGGGAACCCGAUGGUGGCCGAGACAGAGCUGUCGGUUGGUUUGAGGUUUUCUGUCCAAAGGCUGGAAGACGCAGGACCAAAGAUCAGCUUUGGGCUACAGAUCCACAGCUCCAACAAAGAUAACUCCGACAGCAACCCAGUCAGUCUGAACGUGUCCAUCAUUGCCAAAGCUCAACUUGAUUUGCGUGGGGUGUCUCAUCCCUCUCAGGUGGUGCUGCCGUUCCCGCGCUGGGAGCCCAAAGAGAAGCCGGUCAAAGAGGAGGACGUGGGACCGCAAGUAACACACAUCUAUGAGCUCCAUAACUUUGGUCCCAGCAGUAUUCGCGAUGCUGAGCUCCAGGUCGGAUGGCCUUCCCGUUUCCGUGACGAGAACCUGUUGUAUGCCAUGGAGAUUCAAACUGACGGACCAAUUAGCUGCCGGACGAACACCAGCCUCAACCCACUAGGCCUUCAGAUUUCCUUUCUCCAGGACACACCUGAAUUAUUGGGCUUCUUGAGGAACACCAGUGCUUCUUCUCGUCGCCACAAACGAUCAACUUCUGACGGUUAUAGCGGUAAAACCUUGAAUUGCACCAAUAUCUCUUGUCUGAAGAUUUUAUGCAUCGUUGGCCGAUUAGAUCGCGGUCAGAGCGCCGUGGUGAAGAUCCGCUCCAGACUCUGGGCGCACACUUUCCUGCAGCGGCGUAACGACCCGUACAUGCUCAACUCCACCGUGUCCUUCGUCGUCACCGCCCUGCCUUACCGCAUCCAACCCUCCACCCUGCCUCAACACUCCACCUCGAUGGGGACCCUGGUGUUGUGGGGUACUCCCGAUGUGUCGUUUGCUGUUCCGCUCUGGGUCAUCAUCCUGGCCAUACUGCUGGGGCUGCUGGUGCUGGCCAUGUUAACGUUAGCCAUGUGGAAGUGUGGGUUCUUUGACCGGGCGCGGCCGCCAGCUGACGAUAACGUCUCCGACCAGGAGCAGCUGACAUCUGAUCAAACAGGGGACGCCUAAGAGGAUACGGACAGCUCCAGAGUGGAGGACGGUGGUUUGAGAGGGACGUGCCCCUUCUGAGUAACUUAAACCAGAUCUGAGAUCUGUAUUAGUUGGACCCUACAUUCCUUUGCUGGAGGUCUUCUACCUUUACGGUAAUGAAACUGACACACUGAAGACUUCAGCGCCGCACAGACUGGGACCAAAGAACGAGGUUCAAACCAGCCGGAGUGGGGCUAAAACACACUUAACAGGCUCAAUCUCACACACGGCCAUUGUUUAUCCGUCGGGAUGAAGACCGAAGACAGAAUGGACUUUGUUGUGGAGACAAUGCUUUAAAUUGUGUGUGUAAGUGGGGCACAAAGAUACUUGAGGUCUAUGCACAAGUGUGUGUGUCUGUGUUUGUGUGUACCUGUGUGUGUGCGUGUGUGGGUGUGUGUACGCAUGUGUGUGUGUGUGUGUGUGAGCGCGUGGGUGUGGGAGUGUGGGGCUGUGUGUGGUGGGGGGUGGGGUGAACUAUUCAUGUGUGUGUGUUUAUUCAGUGCCUCUUGUUUUAUCCUUUCAUUAUUUCCCACCUGAUUUAAUUUAUCCUUCAAAUUAACUGGUCUGUGUACAGAUGUAUUACACACACACACACACACAUGAACACACACACACACACACACACACAGAUGCAGCCACAUGCAUAAUCACAAAGCCCCAAAGUUGAUGUCUAUAUUUAUAAAUGUAUGUGCAAUAUUUCAGCGUUGCGUGAUACUGAAGCUUGUUUACACUGGCAUUGUUUUAUUAGAGAUUAAUGUUUAAAUGGUUUAUGAAUUAAUUGAUAUUUUAUAUAUUAUUAUUGCUGAGCAACAAAAGCUAUUAUUAGAAACAAUUAGGACCGGUUUACAGAGACGCCUCACCACACUAGUUUGACAAGUGAAUGGACAAAUAACUAACUUAUUAUCUCUAAUAAUAGAUUUACUUCAGAACUUUUAUUUUGGAGAUAACAAACCGUUUCUUAUCAGCCGGAGCCGCCCUGCUACUUCGAGGUUUGAUUGUAUCUGUUUUGGGGGAAUUUUUUUAAAGUCACAGUUGAUAAGACUUUAAAAACUAGCUGUAAAGAAACAGAAAUGCGCUGUAGACGUUCUGUGUACACACACGUUAUGGCAUUCAACAGUGUGUUUGAUAUUGCCCAUUGUUACUAUUAAUGUGUUGUGCACAGGCAGCAAAUAACUUUGAAAAUGUCAUAUUUUAGUCAUAUUUGUUUUAUCUAGACUGAUGUUUUAUCUGAUUAAAGUGUUCUUUAAUUAUUCA